UACCUGAAAAUAAUUUAAUUCUUGAGUAGUUUCAAACUUCACACACAAUGAGAAAAUAAUCAAUAGCAUCAGUUUAAUUAUCUGUGGUCAAACGUUCGGUCGAAUUAAAUCCGUUUCCAAAACGAAUUUUAAAAAUUUAUAACAAACGUAGCGACACUCGCAAUACAAAUAAGCCUCAAAGUGACGUUUUAAUACCUAAUAAUGGCAGCGCCAAAUGAUGACAUAGAAAUGGAAAAGAUAGCUGAAGACGAAUUGUCCAAAUUACAGAGACAGUUUCGUGUAAUGGAAUUGGAUCGCGCGACUGUGACAAGCAGCGUUCAGCCAACGUUGAGGGUGCAGAGGAAUAUGAUAAGAACGCUCACCCUGGAACUUGACAACAUCAUCACUGAAUUGCGUCUGACAAAGAGCACGUCGAAUCUUCUAGAGAACGCGCGUGUUAAGGAUAGGUUGAUACUGCUUCUGAAGGAGCACGAGAAGUGUUCAACGGAAGUAAAAGAACAUCGCGCCACAAUCAACGAGCUGAACUUCUUAUUGAAGCAGGUCCAGAGAGAGAUCAAAGGCCUUAGGGCCAAAGGCGUUGGAUUUGAAAAGGACUAUGCCAUCACACUAACAAACCAAACCCUCAGCAGUCAACUCGAGAACCGUCUGAACACGGCCAUGAAGAAGUUCAACUCGGUUAACAGUGACAAUUUCAAUAUGCGAAUAGAAAUAGACCGUCUGUUGCGAGACAGGCAGUUCUUCAAUAGCAUGUGGCGCGGACAGAUCCGGAGGCUGAUGGAAGGAAAAGCCCGGAUCCUUGAGCUGGUUGAAGCGGCCAUAGCCACGUAUGAACAACGCGAGGAGUGGUGCGGCAAGUUGGACGCACUAAAGGAAAAGGCGGCCCUGGACUAUCGGAAACAUUGCCUUGAGGUACGCGAGCUGCAGCGGCAGUUAGAUCACAGCUUGAAGCUUGAGGAGUUCCUCCGUACCAAGGGAACCGUUCGGCUGACGGCCGCUGACGCCAGAGAGGAAGCCAGGAGGAUCGAGCGACAGGAAAACGAGAUACGCGUAUACAACAAUUACGUAAACAUACUAGACGCUAUCAAAGAAUAUACUGGAGAGGAGGAUGUGGACAAAUUAAUCCAGGAAUUUAUACGUCGCGAGGAGGAGAAUUACGCGCUCUUCACUUAUAUCAACGAAGUUAACACUGAGCUGAAGCAUCUUAGCGAUAAUGUUAAAAUUUUGAAAUCUAAUAUUGAGGAGGAGCACGCCAAGCAGCAGGCUAAGCUUUUCAAGCAACAGGAGUCAGCUGACAACCUGCGGGCGGAUCUGCACCAGAGAAGACUGCAGGCGGACGCCCUGCACACCGCCUGCCAGAGGACCGACGCCGCACUGCGGACAGUACUCGACAGUGUCAGGGAGUUGGCUGUUUCGUCGGAGUGUGAUUCCCUGCCGCUGCUGAAGCUGUUGGGCAAGUCUUUGAAUGUGAACACCACCAACGUCCGUCUCUACAUCAAGAGCUUGGAGAAAAAAGUUGUCGAAAUGGUGGAACAGAUCAAAUUUGACGAGAGCGUCAAGUCGGCUGAAAGCAAGGAACGGACACCGCCAGCCUCAAGACGGAGGCGACGGAAUCAGCAGAACACACACACACCACCAGCACACGCGAUCACAGCACACUCCUAGUUAAUAGUUAUACACGCACACAUACACGCGGACAUUUCAUAUCAGGAUGUACACACUCAUACACAACAUAUAAAGACGUGCACACACACAUACACUUAAUUUUAGUACACACACAUCUACACAAUCCAUAUAAGGACAUGCACACUCACGAGUAAACGUCUUAACGAAAUAAAAUAUGUACUCACAUAGAUAAUAUAGAUAUUACUACAAAUACAUCCCAUGCUAUGAUUUGGUAUAUUAUAAGAAAAUUAGCAGACCCACAUACAAAAUAAAUAUUCCAUAGAUAUACAAAACGCAGCUAAACUUACAUUGUUAUAUUAAAAAAACUACUCAGUGUUCUCUACCAGUAGUAGGAGAUUUAAAAAUUACAUUUAUUUGGUAAUGUUAAUUAAAGCGCCAUCUAUCGAAAAUAGAAUGCCAUAUUUCCUACCGACCGCUACUAGCGCCGCUCUCCGGGGAAUGUGACCGUAAGUGGAACUACUCUAGUGCUUAUUCUCCAUACAAAUAGGCCUCGUAUUGUAUCAAGAAUAUAUUUGUAGGUGUAAAAACUUAUGCACGUGUUUUUGACACACGCUAUUACUUAUUUGAGUUUGUUGAUUGUAUAAGAGAUAAUUAUUUUGGUAGGUAGAUUUUAUUGCUAUUUUUCCUGUUUUAUUUUAAUUGGUUUCCUGAACGUUACUGAAUAAAUUGUAAUUAUGGCGGUAGUGACGCGUGCUUAAGAACCAGUUCCACCAAUCAAUGUUAAAUAAAUAAUGUCUUGUCGCAGCGUUUGAGGGACUGUUAGAGGUAUCGAGCGUCCCGCCACCCACUAGCGUCUGUUUAAAUGUCUCAACAUAAUUCCAGCUCUAGAGGUCCGUCAAAUGGCUACCGGACUGUUAAUUUAUUGCACUGUCAAAACUCAAACGUCCAAUCCUAUCCCUGAUUUUUGUAGCCAUAGUAACAGCAUCUGUUUUGUCAUUGUCGA